CAAAGAAGAAGGAGGACCUUUUUUGCUCUCGCUAUCUGAGACUGAGACACAGAAAAAUGGCGGCGGCGGCGGCGAAAGCAGCGGUGGUUUUGCCACGGCCGGUGACGUUUGUGACGGGAAACGCCAAGAAGCUCGAAGAGGUCAAAGCUAUCAUCGGAAAUUCAAUUCCUUUCAAAUCUCUCAAACUCGACCUGCCUGAGCUUCAAGGUGAGCCUGAGGAUAUCUCCAAAGAGAAGGCUCGUUUAGCUGCUCUUCAGGUGAAUGGUCCAGUGCUAGUGGAGGAUACAUGUCUCUGUUUCAAUUCCCUGAAGGGGCUUCCUGGGCCAUACAUCAAGUGGUUUCUUGAGAAGCUUGGACAUGAAGGUCUGAACAACUUACUGAUGGCCUAUGAAGAUAAAUCAGCUUAUGCAUUGUGCGCAUUCUCUUUCUCGCGUGGUCCAGGUGCUGAACCUCUUACAUUUUUGGGGAAAACUCCGGGUAAGAUAGUUCCAGCAAGAGGACCAACUGAUUUCGGGUGGGAUCCAGUGUUUCAACCUGAUGGAUAUGACCAAACUUAUGCAGAAAUGUCUAAGGAAGAAAAGAACAUGAUAUCUCAUAGGUACAAGUCAUUAGCAUUGGUGAAAUCACACUUUAAGGAGGCAGGCUAUGUGUUCCAGACAGAUGAAGAUACCAUUUAAAGAGAACCGCAUCAUCAAUGUUUGAGCACUGAUCACUCACCAGAUUCUUGGUCCUAUUUUAAGCUCCUUUGGGGGUAUUAAUAUUGUUAUCUUUUUUUUCUUUCUCAAAUACAAGUAAAACCAACCCAAACAUGCAUUGACAGGCAUCGUUUGGUAGUGUUGUUCAUGGUGUUCAUUAAAUACUCUUGACGGUGAGACUUGUACGAAUCUGAAAAACCCAUCCAACCAAAAAGCUAAAAUAAAUGUUGGAUGGCAAA